UCAUUUCUGCAACUAAAUCCGACUCUCCGGAACGCAAGUCUAAGACGAAAAACAAAUUAGAUAUACACUUAUUUCACUUUUCUCCCUAAACUUCAGCUACUAUAUCAAAAUUAUAUACGGUCAACCUCUAGAAAAACCGAAAAACUCAUCAUACUUUCGCCUCUGAAUGUGCCCCUCGGAAUCACGGGCCCGGGCCGGUGGUCCUCCCCGCCCACCCCCAGGGCCGGCCCUGCGUAUACAAGACGAAAACAGAGAUCGUAUAUGAUGUAUACGAACGAAUUAAAAAAUAAUAUAAGUUUGUAUACGGGUCGUAUACCUGUAUACGACACGUAUACAUAUACAAAAGAUCGUAUAACAUGUAUACGACCUCAUAUCUACCAUACGACCUCAAGAUUCUCUAAAAGUUCUUUCGUUUUUCUCUCGGAUCGUUCUUGGAUAGCAUUCUUUGGCAUUUGUGACGUUUUCUUCUCAUUCUUCUUAUACGACGAUAUGGCUGAGUUAUCAGGUGUUGCGGCCCGUAGACGUCAGGGUCAGGGUCGGGGACGUGGACGCGGACGAGGACGUGGACAGGAGGAGAAGGAGGAGGAGGUUGUGCCCGAUUUUACUGAGGUGGGGCAGUUUGUUCGCGACAUCCCCCGAGGAAUACGCGGAAACAAAGGCUGCAUGGAUAUGACCCAAGACAAAGGGGUACAAGCACGAAUCGGCUUUUGUCCCAAUUGUUGAGUGUUAUGUGCCUUAUGACCAAGGCUUGAUGCAAAACUACUAUCGAGCCGGGGGUCUCACUGGAAGUAGCCUCUCUAUUCCUACAGGGUAGAGGUAAGACUGUCUACAUCUUACCCUCUUCAAAUUUUACCUUAGUUUUGUUAUUGGUGAGAUUUACUGAGUAUGAUGAUGAUGAUGAUGAUUAUAUUCAUAACUUCAUGAUGCAAAAAACUGCACAUUUGUGCCCUCUUCAGUCGCAAAGCAACUUUUGCGACUCUUUUUUGACUGAAAAGGUUGUCGCUAAAA